UUACCAUAAAACCCUCCUCCUCACAGGCCCUAUCCAAUAAGCAGGAGACGAGGGCGUGGAGAGGUAAUGUUUACGUCUCGCUCGGAGAAGUGGGACAGUGUGCAAACUGUCACACAGUCAGUUAUAGUUAUAGUGGCACACCGACUUUCAAAUGAGCCACUGCAAGACAGUGUACAGGAAGACUGCUGUAAGCUGGUCACAGGGUUUGUGGGUCGCCGUCCACAGAGCUGCCAUGCUGAGAAGAGGCAGAAACGGCCGGGCUCGGCUGUGGGCCAGGAGCGAAAUACGGCAAGAGACAGAUGCCAUGGCAAAGAUCCAGAUGAUGGACAGAGAGGAGUGGGAAGACCAGAUCACGACGGAGAUCAGCGUCAUGGAGGCUAAAGUGGAUUACGUUGCUGUGAGUUCCCAGGCUGUCUCUGACGUGGUGGCCUUACCCAGCACAGCGGCGUCGAUAGGGGACUCUUUCUGCCAGUGUCAGCCACAGGAAGAGCUAAGCCAGGGAUUCAGUGACUGCCUCUGUGGGGAGGAGGAUCAGAGUUUUGACUGGGUAUGGGACGAGCACUUCAAGUCCUCCGGAGCCCUCCUCAGCGGUGACAACAGGAAAGUGAGCUUCCAUUCCGACUACAGCUGUGGCACAGCUGCCAUCCGCGGCACCAAGGAGCUGACAGACGGCCAACACUUCUGGGAGGUCAAGAUGACCUCUCCGGUCUAUGGAACCGAUAUGAUGGUGGGAAUUGGAACAAAAGAGGUAAACCUGGAGAAGUUCAAGUACAACUUUGGCAGCCUGCUGGGCCAUGAUGAAGACAGCUGGGGGCUCUCCUACACAGGUCUCCUCCAGCACAAAGGGGACAAAGUGAACUUCUCCUCUCAAUUUGGGCACGGCUCCAUCAUUGGAGUGCACCUUGACACCUGGCAUGGUACCCUGACCUUCUACAAGAAUCGGCACUGCAUAGGUGUUGCUACCACAAGGCUCCCAAACAAUAAGUUUUACCCGAUGGUAUGCUCCACAGCAGCUAAGAGCAGUAUGAAGGUGAUCCGUGCCUGUCAUACACCCACCUCCCUGCAGUACCUUUGUUGCGCCCGGCUCCACCAAAUGUUGCCCUGUUGCCCAGACAUACUCAGUGCGCUGGAGCUGCCCCCAGGUCUGCGCACGCUCCUCCACGUACAACUGGGCUGGGUCUUCACCCUCAGCAGCAGCCCUGAGGCCUCGGAGCAGCACAGGAACUUGCCUGAGGAAUUCCAUGAUGAGACGAGCCUGCCUUUGAGCCCCAGCCCCAGCCCCAGCCCCAGACCGGUAUUGCCCCUGAGUGCCUGCACCUCCCGGAGCCCCUGCACCAGUCCGUUCCCUGAAGCAGUCUCAUACCAGUGCCCCUGUCAGACGUCCCCUCAAACUCAACCCUGCACUUGCCACUGCCCUCCAACUCCUCCCAGCAGUGACUAUGAUAGCUGCUGUUCAGAGCCUGAGGAUUACCAAUGCAAACGAUGCCGCUGGACAUGAGUUGAGGUCAAAAUGUACUUCCAAUUGUUUGGCACACAGCUAUUCUACCAUUGCCAUCAAUGUCUCCUGACAUAGAUCAUGAAGAAAAGAGCGAUCUUGUCUUUUAGCCAAUAUUUGAGUUGACGUGAGCGAAUUGUUGCUUCUCUUUUAUAACUAGCAAUUUUAUACCACUUAAAUAACUUUGUCCAUGAAAGGGGAAAAGAGAUUGAGACUUUAAGUCAAGUUGACAUUUUAGAGUGACAUUGGGGUCAUUCAUUUUCAUUUUAGCAAAUUUCUAUCUGGGGAUUCUGGGACUCCAGGGGGAGCGGAGUUGCUUUUUGAUACCAUGAAAAUGACUUUUUUUGUCCUUGUACUCUGUAACCAGCACUUGGCUUGAAUGUCAACAGUGGUUGUGUUACUGCUUACAAGAUAAUUUGCUACUGUGUUUUUACAGUGUAUGCUUUGUUUAUGAACUUUCUUACUCAGGCAAUUCUAUAAAAUAAAUGGAAAAAGA